AUGACAAGAACGGUGGAUGGCCCCCAUCAGGGCCGCAUCGUGCAAAUCGAGGUUGAUAACUUCAAGUCAUACAGGGGAAGACAGAUUAUCGGCCCUUUCUAUGAUUUCACUGCUGUCGUGGGAGCGAAUGGAAGUGGCAAAUCCAAUCUUAUGGAUGCCAUCAGCUUUGUCUUGGGAGUCAAGACAGCUCAGCUGCGAGGAUCCCUGAAGGAGCUGCUGUAUCUCAAUUCCGAGGGCAAGGACGAGGAGGACAGACCCAGGAGGGGCUAUGUGAAGCUGGUAUUUCAGACAUCUGAUGGUGAGGAGGUGCACUUCACGCGUGCCAUUAUCCCCAGCAGCGCGUCAGCUGAUGCGUCCUACCAGUCGCAGUACAAGAUCAACGACCGCAACGCCAGCUGGGAGGCAUACAACAACAAGCUGAAGUCAUAUGGCAUCUUAGUGCAGGCUCGCAACUUCCUGGUGUUCCAGGGAGACAUCGAGUCAGUCGCAGCCCUGUCUCCCAAGGACAUGACCAACCUGGUGGAGCAGAUAUCUGGCUCUGCUGCCUUCAAGAAGGAGUAUGACGAGCUGGAGGCCAAAAAGGCAGAGGCAGAUGAAAAGACCAGCUUUGUGUUCUCCAAGAAGAAGGCAGUCAUGGCAGAGAAGAAGCAGAAGAAGGAGCAGAAGGAGGAGGCUGAGAAGCACCUCUGGAUGCAGCGGGACCUUGAGGCCCUGAAGGCGGAGUACUACCUCUGGCAGCUGUUCCAGAUCGAGAAGGACAUGGUGGGGGUGCGCCAAGAGGCUGGCAAGCACAAGGAGGAGCUGAAUGGUGCGGCCAAGGUGCUGUACAGCUGUGAGUCGAAGGUGGAGCAGAAAAAGAAGGCUGCAGCCGGCUUCAGCAAGGAACGCCUGCUGCUGGAGCGCAAGCACAAGAAGCGCAAGGCAGAGCUUGAGAAGAAGAGCCCAGACUCAGCCAAGGUGAAGGAGGGGCUCACAAGGCUGCAGAAGCGGCUGAAGGCAGAGAAGAAGAACGUGGAAGACAAGGAGAAGAAGCUCCAGGAGCAGAAGCAGCACAUCACCAAGCUCGAGACUGACUUGAAGAACAUCACUGAUGCGCAAGAGCAGCUGGAGGAGGACAUGAGGACUGCUUCAAACGAGGGGCAGGUGCACCUAAAUGCCCAGCACCAGGCAGAGUUCUACAAGAUCCAGGAAGAGGCCAAGUCCAAGACCUCCAAGCUGCGCUCCGACCAUGACUCCCUCCAGACAGCCCAGGACGCAGACGUGGAAGCCCUGAGCAACCUGGAGGACACAGAGAAGGAUGUGUUUAGCCGCGUGGCGCAGCUGGAUACAGACCAGGCCAGCCUCAAGGAGAAACUCGCCAAGACCCAGGCUGAACUGGCAACAGCCAAGCAGGAGCUGGCCGCCAAGAAGGCCGCCCACACCACCAUGACUGACGAGCACCGGCGGGAGCGGGCGCAGAGGGACGUGCUGACGCAGAAGCUGGAGGAGGGGGAGGCGCAGCUGCGCGAGGCCAAGGCCGACCGCAAAGAGACCGAGCGCGACCGCCGCAUGACCACCGCCGUGGAGCAGCUCAAACGCCUGCACCCAGGGGUGUUUGGGCGGGUGACUGAGCUGGCAAGGGUGAGCCAGGCCAAGUACAACCUGGCAAUGUCGGUGGUGAUGGGGCGCGACCUGGACGGCGUCAUCGUGGACACCAAGGAGACCGCGCAGGACUGCAUCCAGUGGCUGCGCACCAACCAAGUCGCGCCCAUGACCUUCUUCCCCCUCGACACCCCGGUGAAUGAGCGGCUACGGCUGCUGGGCGGCACAGCCAAGCUGGCCCUGGACCUGCUGGAGUAUGACACCUCCCUGGAGCGAGCCUUCCUCACAGUGUGCGGGAAUACGCUGGUCUGUGACAGCGUGGAUGAGGCGCGGGCACUGGCGUACAGCGCCAACGAGCGGCACAAGGUGGUCGCGGCGGACGGCACCAUGAUCAGCAAGAACGGCUUCAUGACCGGCGGCCUGACCGGCAACGAGUCCGCGCGCGCCUCCCGCUGGAACGACAGCGCUCUGGACGGCCUCAAGCAGGAGCGGGACAGGGCGGCAGAAGAGCUGGAGAAGCUGCCCUCCCAGCGCGAUAUGGUGCAGGUGGAGCAGCAGCUGGGCUGCGAGAUUGCCGGCCUUGAACGCGAUGUGCAGUUCAAGACUGGCGAGCUCAAAGCCACCGAGCAGAGGCUGAAGAACGCAGCCAGCGAGGCGAAGGCGCUGCGCGAGGAGAGCCACAGGAAGCUGCCGGGCGCCACAAAGCUGCGCAAGGCCAUCGAUGACCGCGCCAGGAAGAUGGAGGGCCUGCAGAAGAGGAUCAAUGAGAUCGAGGACCGCAUCUUUGCAGCCUUCAGCAAGAAGGUUGGCGUGGACAACAUCCGGGAGUACAUGGAGCAGAAUGCAGCGGCCACAGAGGACUUCACCAAGAGGCGCAUGGCCCUCACAUCUCAGGCAACAAAGCUGAAGCACCAGCUGACGUAUGAGCAGCGGCGGGACCUGAAGGCGGACGUGGCGGCGGCCAAGGCAGAGGUGAAGAAGAUACAGGAGAACUUGGAAAAGUUGGAGGCGGAGGCGCGAACUGCUGCCGAAGCUGCAGAGUCUGUGGAGCAGGAGCUGGCUGCAGAGACGGCGCGCAUGGAGGAGCUGAGGGCGCAGGCGGAGGCGGCGGAGGCCGAGGUGCGCGCGGCCAAGAAGGAGGUGGCCCGGCACCAGGCGGAAGGCAACGCCGCUCGACGUGCGCUCGCCGCCCACGAGGCCGCCCUGGAGGCCCUGGCCACCAAGCGCUCCGAUCUGCUCGAGGCCGCACAAAUGGAGCAGGAGCGGGCGGGCACCUCGGGACGCUUCAAGCUGGACUUCUCGGGGCUGAAGCGGCAGCUGACGGCGGCGCGCUCGGAGGCCGACCGCGAGUCGCUGCACUCCGACUUCCGGCGCGAGAUCGAUGCGCGCGUUGCCGCCCUCGCCCACGUCGCCCCCAACCUCAAAGCCCUCGAGCAGUUCCAGGCCGUCAAGGCGCGGGAGCGGGAGCAGGAGGUGGUGCUGGAGGCUGCGCGCAAGGAAGCCAAGGCAAUCGCCAAGGCAUUCAACGGCGUGCGCCAGCAGCGCUACGACGCGUUCACGGCCGCCUUUGAGCACAUCGCGUCCGUCAUCGACUCCAUCUUCAAGGACCUCACACGCAGCAGCGUGCACCCGAUGGGCGGCACGGCGUACCUGAGCCUGGAGAGCACGGACGAGCCCUUCCUGCACGGCAUCAAGUUCACCGCCAUGCCGCCCACCAAACGCUUCCGCGACAUGGAGCAGCUCUCCGGCGGCGAAAAGACGGUGGCGGCACUGGCGCUGCUGUUUGCGAUCCACUCGUACCAGCCGUCGCCCUUCUUCGUGCUGGACGAGAUUGACGCGGCGCUGGACGCGACCAACGUGGCGCGCGUGGCCGACUACAUCCGCGCCAAGACGCGGCCGGCCGCAGCCGCGCGCUUCCAGUCCAUCGUCAUCUCCCUCAAGGACAACUUCUACGGCAAAGCCGACGCCCUCGUGGGGGUCGCGCGCGAUGUCGACCACUGCUGCUCCGCCACCUACACUUUUGACCUCACCCGCUUCGGCGCCGGCUGA